UUUGUUAUUUUAGCUUCAUUUUUAAGAGUAAUAAGUCUGUAAUGGUUAAAGUGGUCAAUAUUAGUGUCAUUUAAAUUGCUUUUAUAUAGAUUAGUGUAAGAAAAGUAAGAAAUGAUAAGGUUACUAGUCGUGCUGGCGAUUGCCCAGUGUACUGUGGCCGUGACAGAACCAUCACUGGAUGAGAUUAUAAACGAAAUCUUUGGGAUAUCAGAACCCUCCCUGAGCGAAAUCUUCGGGAUACCAGAAAGCGAAGAUGACAGUAAAGUGGGUCUCCCAGGCUGCAACGACCUGGAAGGCUCAGGGCGAGGAUGCCAAGAAUGCUACUUCUGUAACCACAGCCUCAUCCAGGAUAGCAGGAUCAGAGGAGGGCAUGUGGAACUUCAACUGAAAGACUCAUCAUGUGCCACCACUCAGAUAUGCUGCGUGCAACAACAAGAUCUCGUCAAUUACAGAUUGAGCGACGCGUGUGGUAUAAACAACCCGGACGGGAAGCCUCGUAAGCGGCGCUCUGCGCCACGCGCCGUGCUACAAGGGGAGUUCCCUUGGAGAGCCUGGGUUUACAAAAAAAACUCCCGCACUCCUCUCUGUGCCGCCUCAUUCGUCCAUGAAGACACCAUGGCUCUCCUGACCCUCGCUUCUUGCGUCCAGGGCCUGUCUGCUGAAGGCCUUGAGGUGGCCUUCGUGAAGGCCGGGCAAAAAGCUGCUGUUGCCAAAGUUGUUGUGCACAGUGGUUAUAAAACUGGUCAGGAGACCAACAAUAUAGCAAUCUUGAAGCUGCGGUCGCUAGAAUCGACACCGGCGUGGGCCUCCCCAGCCUGUCUGCCGCUGACCCCUCCGUCUCAUGCUGCGUCCUGCAUCACUACUUCUGACAGGGACAUACGGUUAAACACAAUAAUACCCCUCCGUACAGCAUGCACGGAGGCUCACGAAGCCCCACCGGAUUCCCUGACAUGUGCCGUGGCACCACCCAAGGAUUAUCAACCAGAGAAGGCUGCAGGCCUCUUCUGUAAAGAACAGCACGUGACAACUCCGUUAUACAUCCUGCACGGUCUGGCCAUAUCUAAACAGGAUGACUCCGUGACUACAUACGUGAACGUGUGGCAUUUCACUGAUUGGAUCAAGAACCAGCUUGGGAUAUCUCACUAAAUUAGUUUAAGAUCUUUUAUUAAUAAUUAAAAUAAUGGCAAUAUUAAAAUAAAAUAAAAAUGCUUGGAUGGAAAGAAAAUUAUCAGUUUUCUGAAUUACUAGUCUCUGUCACGACUAUACUGUGAAUAAAUAUCUUGUUAUUUUAACGAUUACAUUCUCAUUUUAUAUAAAUGUUUGUAUGUUAUU